GGAGACUCGAAGCAAGUUGAACUUUUCAAGCGAAAGCGACUAGUUGAACAUCAAACACCAACGCUAACUGUGUGUGCCGCGUAGUGUGAUAGAUAAAGUAAGAAAAACCAACAGAACAUGGCCACGUGCGAGGGGGAGCCAGGUGGUCCCGUCGUUCCGACGUACGCAGAGCAAUGGAAGCGUUUCUCAAAUAAUGCCAGCGACGACUCUUCUCAAGGAAAGGACGACUCCAAGAAUGAUUCCGAAGUAGAUCCAUCCACAUCCACCUAUAUCGCCAAACAUGCGUCUGAGUUUCACAAGUUUCGACCGGACUAUUUACCUUUGUUCAUCUCUACUCUCGGAAAUCAGUACCAUCCAGACAAAAAUCCUACGGGGAAGGCGAAUCUCUGCGUUGCUGAGAACAAGCGGAUGGCACAGCCCAUCGCGGAAAGGUUGGCACGAUGUACGGCACUAACCGACUUCCCUCAUGAGAUGUUGCAUUACCACGAUUUCUCUGGUACUGAAGCAACAAGACGUAUUUUCGCACAUGUUUUGGAAAAACAUGUGUUUUUUGGUGGGAGCACUGCUACAGCUUCUACCAGUGACGAAGCAGGAACAACGCGGAUAGACCCCUCACAACUGUGUUUGGUGAAUGGCUGUACGAGCUUGCUGGUUACAAUGACGCGCAUAUUGUGCGAGCCAGAGAGUGGUGACGCGAUUAUGUUUGCGGAGCCGCGUUAUCCUGGCUUCUCCAUGGAUGCGGCAGGCUUAGCCAGAGCAAAAGUUGUCGGAGUUCCGCUGGUUUUUGAAAGGCGGAAAGGGGUUGGGAAUGGUAUGAUGAGGUCGAAAUGUAUCUAUAAGCAUGGAGGAACAAAUAAGUAGAAAUAAGGGCGGGACAAUGUUGUUGAGACAGUUUUCUUUAGUUCGUAGCUAAAAGCUACGCGGAAUCACACAUUACGUCAACUUCAACAAUUCUACAUUCAUAUUUCAUUCCCAACGCCGGAGACCCUAGUACUGCGCUCCACGUCUCCUGCUCACUCCCGAGUGACGAGACCCUCAACAAGCAUCUAGCGCAAAGCCAGAAAGACGGUCUCAAAGUUCGCGCUUUUUUACUCUCCUCACCAGACAAUCCCACUGGGACUGUCUGGACGCAAGCGGAACUUCUUCGUCUCGUUCAGUGGUGUCGCAGGAACCAAAUCUUGAUCUUGUCCGACGAAAUCUAUGCGUCUAGCGUCUUCGACCAACAAGCAACUGUGGUGCUUCGUAGACACUUUUCUCUUGCCAAGUACGCAGACGCGACGUUCUGGGGCCUUUCCAAAGACUUUGCGAGUUCGGGAGCAAGAAUGGCAGUUCUGUAUUGCGAAAACAAAAAAUUGCUAUCCGCUUUCCAAGAAGUGAACAUUGUAAACUCGAUCUCAGGUGUAGCGGAGCAAGUCUUUCAAGAGCUAUUGGUUAUGCGACAUUACAUACAUAUGUACAUGUACUCGAACUCGUUGUACUCAGUCACUUAUAUCAGCAUGAUUAUGGUCAUGCAUCACUUAGCAUUAGGAACAACAACAUAACCAAAAUCCGCAUUUUUGAGAAGAUCAAGAUUAGAUGAAGAGUCCCAAACCCCAGCACUCAUCGAGGACGACACUCAAAACAACACAUUCAUUUCCUCUGACGACGCUUGGCUUUCCGCGCAUCUCGCUAGUGCCAGACACACACUCCAGAGCACUGCAAAACGCGUGACGGACGCCCUGACCGAAAUGCGUAUCCCUUUUGUGCCUCCCGGUGCUGCUGUCUUCGUCUGGGCCGACUUCGCUGAGUUCGGCAUACCUGCGGGAGAGCUUAUGAAGACGCCAGUACAUCAUGAUCUGCGACCUUCCGGUCUAUUGAGUAUCAGAUAAGUGCAUCUCCAUCUACAAGAACUCGCUUUCUAUCAAAUCAUAAUCAGUCCACUCAUCUACGCUUUUUUGUAUCAACACAAAUACUUAUUCCUUGUUUACGAGGUCCCCUCGCCCUCCCUGUGCCACCUCUAUUUCUAGUUGCAGAACAACCCGCCCUCUUGCUUCAUACCACUCUUCCGCGUAUUGCUGGAGGACUACUGUGUCAUGCUCACUCCGGGUAACGAGUUCUGGAGCGACAAGAGCGAGGACAGCGAGGCGGCCUCUACGUCGUGGAUGCGGCUCUGCUACUCUGCGUCAGAUGACGCAACACUGACGUAUGCUCUCAAUCAGCUGCGCCAGUUCGUAGAAGAUAUGCGAGGGCGAGGAAAGGGAUGAAAAAGGGCAGCGACGGACUGCGAAGUCGCAAUCGAAACUGAGCAAGGAAUUGAAUAGGCGACUUGAAAAGUACUACCAUGACAUGAUGGCAUGAGUCUCACAUACUGUCCUACACAUCCUAUUUCCAAAAAAGACGGACACCAAUCUGAAUUUCUAAAAAUACAACAUGCCAAGAAACUGAGGUGCAGACGCUGUCGAGGAGACACGCAUUGGAAAAAACAUGCUUCCAUAAAAAUCGUCCGUUGUACUACAGGUCCGCAUGCGG